AUGCCACACUCCGCUGAGAGACCUGAGUCCAUCCAGCUCGAGCAUAUGGACAAGUAUGGACACAGUAAUUCCCCAAAUGGUGUUAUGACUGCUCAAGGUGAACGGCAGGGCAGCUCUAGGUCUGGUCGCGAUAGAUGCUGUCUCGAGUACCUCUGUUUCUGCUUCUGGUGUUGCUGUAGACCAGUUUUGUUUCAUGAUGGUGAAGAUUCGUUAUGGCCAGUCCCUGUGUUCUGCGGUGAUAGCCAAACUGGGAUCCACAAACGCAGUGUCUACGAGCACAAUGGAGUUGCAGUCUGUUCCCAGAAGAGAGCACUAUGUAUCGCUACUGUUGUCAUGGCAAUACUCUUCACCAUAUCCCUCAUCAUCGCCUAUGCUGGGCCACAAGCAGAGUGCCCUUGUGCCGGUGAGAAGCCAGCAUCAUUGGACGGAGAGGAUGAGGAAGGGGUCAGAAACGUGAUCCCAAUAGCGACCAAUGGGGAGAUUUUCCCCUGGAACAACCCUAGGCUUCCGACUUUUGCCAGACCUACAAGAUACCACAUGCAUAUCCAUCCCAACUUAACCACACUGGAUGUAAAAGGUCAAGUCACAAUCGACUUUAAUGUUGAGAAAGACACUUUUUUCAUUGUGCUACAUUCAAAAAACCUCACUAUUACUGACAAAAUGGUGACUACAGACCGUAAAACGAACAGGCUGCAGAUAGCAAGGUUUCUGGAGUAUCCAAACGGCCAACAACUGUACCUGGAGAUGAAGGAGAAGUUUCGAAGACGAGUGAACUAUACACUGAUCAUGAGGUUUGCCACUCGACUCACAGCAGGGAACUUGAAGGAUUCUAUCUCAGCAGCUAUACUACCAAGGAUGGAGAGCGGAGAUAUCUCGCAACAACCCACUUUGAACCAACCUACGCUCGCACAGCUUUUCCUUGCUUUGAUGAGCCACAGUUUCAAAGCACGUUUCAAGAUGUCCAUAUUUAGAGACAGAUUCCACAUAUCUCUUUUCAAUAUGCCAAUCAUAAACACAGAAGAUGCUGGCUUCUACAUGGGAACAGGAUUGUUAAGAGAUGACUUCCAAGAGUCAGUGGAGAUGAGCACAUACUUAGUGGCGUUUGUUGUGUGUGACUACAAGCAUAUCAGUGGCCGGACAAGCAGAGAUGUAUCCGUGUCCGUUUAUGCUCCCCCAGACUUGAUCCCUCAGGCAAAGUUUGCACUGGACACAGCCGUCAGUAUGAUGGAUCACUAUGAGGACUUCUUCGGCGUGGAUUAUCCACUUCCCAAACAAGACCUGAUAGCAAUACCAGAUUUUGGGGUUGGUGCAAUGGAAAACUGGGGUCUUAUAACAUAUCGUGAGACCUCUAUCUUGUACGAUCCCAAUGAGACGUCAGCAGCAGCUCAUCAGUGGGUGGCUGUUGUGGUGGCACACGAGCUGUCACACCAGCAGAGACAACAUUUUCUUCAGCAGUUGGAUUCGGCAUAUGAACCACCAGGUUUCGGCGGACGUGCGGAAUACGACCAACUCAGUCCAGUGGACUGA